CCCUUACUGUGGGGGACUUGCACGUGACUCACCGUGGUUGCAGAUCCCAAGUUGUAAUUCUCUGCCGAUCCCAAAUCAACCCAUCUUUUUUGGAGAAAUACCUGGCAGUCUAUUUGGUCAACCAGAGCUCGUGGGAAAACUGGAGUUUACCCAUGAAAGGGAAAAUCAGUGGUGGAUGUGGAGGAGUGACGUGAUCUGACUUUCACAUGUUUUGUGAGGAGGCCAAAGGUGGAAGCAGCAGCCAGCAAGGGGGUUAUUGCUGAAUGCAGAUGAGAGGACUAGCCCAGAGAAGCUAGUUGACUUGCCGAAGGUUAUGAUGCAUCAGUGAGAGAGUAUAUUUCAGCUUAUGUGGAGAACUUGUUGUGGAAGCCACCUGUAAAUCCAUUUACCAAAUUUAUGGAGAAGCCUACAAAUGAUGGAAGUCAUUCAGAAGAACUCUUUUCCCAUUUUAAAAGUAUACCAGAGAAAGAACAUUUACCACGGCAUGCCAGUGAAAGUCAUCUCAGCUGCCUAAAGCAAGACAUCCUAACUGAGAAGACCAAAUUGGAAGCAACAUUUAAGGAAGCCGAGUUAGCAACUUGUUCUGUAGAAUUACUUUUGCCAUUAUUUAAGGACACCAUUGAAGAGAUUAGUUUUGAAAAUACUGAUCUUUCUGCAUCCAAUUUGAAGAUUUCUAAACAGAAGGAAAUAUUAAGAAAAGAAUUAGACACUUUUAAACAUUUAAAACAAACUUUAGAACAUGUUCUUAGAAAGACAGAACACCAACAAAGAGGGGACAGUUUAUCCAACUUGUUAGAGAAGCUAGCUGAUAAUGAAAGUGAAAACACUAAUCUUAAGACGAAGGUACUUGAAAAGGAGACCUAUAUCCAAGAACUUUCUUGUUUGUUUCAGAAUGAAAAGGCAAAUGCUUUGAAAGUAAGCCGUUUGUCACAAUCAGUAAAAGUAGUGCAUGAACGACUACAGUUCCAAAUUCAUAAAAAGGAAGCAGAGAAUGAUAAAUUAAAAGAACACAUAAAGAGCUUAGAAACCAAAAUAUCAGAAUGGAAAUUGCAAUUGAAGAAGAGUACGCAUGAGGCUGUAAUGAUGAAAGAAUCAAGUAGGCAAAAAGCUAUAGCUCUAAAAAAGGCAUCUAAAAUUUACAAACAAAGGAUUAAACAUUUUACUGGAAACACAGAAAACCUUACUUCCCAAAUUAGAGAGCAGGAAGCCAAGUUGUCUGAAACAGUUUCAGCUUCCAACGUCUGGAAAAGUCAUUAUGAGAAAAUUGUAAUAGAAAAAACUGAAUUGGAAGUUCAGAUCGAAACAAUGAAAAAGCAAAUUAUUAAUCUUUUGGAAGACCUGAAGAAAAUGGAAGACCAUGGAAAAAAUUCAUGUGAAGAAAUUCUUAGAAAAGUUCACUCAGUUGAACAUGAAAAUGAAACUCUGAAUCUUGAGAAUACAAAACUAAAGACUACACUAGGUGCUUUGAAGGACGAGAUUGCCUCUGUUGAAAAUGAGCUCUUAGAAUUGCAAGAGGUAGAAAAACAACAGAAAACCCUUAUUGAAGUUUAUAAAACUCAGAUACAGAAGUUGCAAGAAGCAGCUGAAAUGGUGGAAAGCAGAUGUGAAAGUUUGCUACAAGAGAAUAACCUAAUAACAAAAAACAAAAAUAAAAAAUUAAAGAAGGUGAGAGGCCAGAUGGAGUCUCAUCUGAAGGAGUUAGAGCACGACCGCGAUUCCUUGACGGCAGCAGAACAGAGGCUUCACGAGUGUCAGGAGAGUCUGCAGCACCACAAGGGGAAAUGUGCAGACCAAGCACACGUCAUUAGGGAGCUUCAGGGCCAGUUUGAUGAAAAUCAUGAUCUUCUGACAAAGCUUUCUCUGGAAGAGGAAAAUUAUCUUAUUCAGCUGAAAUGUGAAAACCUUAAACAAAAAUUAGAACAGAUGGAUGCAGAAAAUAAAGAGCUUGAAAAGAAGCUGGCAAACCAAGAAGGAUGUCUUAAGCAUACCAAUCUUGAGUUUAAAGAGAAAUCUGCAGAAUAUAGAGCAUUGGCCAGACAGCUGGAAGCUGCUUUAGAAGAAGGAAGACAAAAGGUUUCUGAAGAAAUAGAGAAAACGUCAUCUAGAGAAAGGGCUUUACAAGUUAAAAUAUUAGAACUGGAAACUGAGCUUAGAAAGAAAAAUGAAGAACAAAACCAACUUGUUUGCAAAAUGAACAGUAAAGCACAACAUCAGGAAGUAUGUUUGAAAGAAAUACAACAUAGUCUUGAAAAGUCGGAGAAUCAAAAUGAGAGUAUUAAGAAUUAUUUACAGUUUCUUAAAACUUCUUAUGUAACAAUGUUUGGAUAAAUUGUUGGAUUUAUUUUCUAUAAGCAAUAGGUUUUUACUAUGAGUCUAAAAAGUAAUUAGAUAAAAAUUAAAUAUACUAUCUGUUGCUAUAUUUUAUGGGUGGUACUAUUAGGGUUUUUAUGUAAAGAUUUUUGAAACAUAAUUUAUUAUCCAAUUAAAACUCAAGAUACAUGUUAGUAUUCCUUUUUUGCUGGAUAAUCUUCACUUAGCUCUGGAUUAAUAUCUAUUUAAUUUAUUUUGGUUUUUGGAAUAUUUUACACACAGAAAAGAAGCCAGAAUCAUUCUUUGUGACUGUAGCAACCAUUCAAGUGAAUUUGUAAUAAACCUAGGCCAAUUAUGAGCCAAAUACAUGAUUUUAAAUAAUGUAUAUAAUUGUUUUACAUAUU